AGCAAGCAGUAGAGAGAAAAAGACAGACAGAGCAGGGCUGGGGUACACCUGACCUUAAGAAGGGAGGGUAGUGCCUCUGCUAACCACACACACGCACACACACACACACACGCACACACACACACAUACGGUGCCAACGGGCAGAAGCAGUGAACCAGCCAGCAGAGAGCCUGCCGACCAGCAGCCAUGACAGACAUCGACUCCCUGAGUGAAGCACUCAAGGCUAUCAGUGUGAGUACAGAGCUGAUUGACGAGGAGCUCAAGCCUCAUUUAGACACUGUGCUGGCUGCUCUGCUGGAAAAGAAGAAAGAUGCUGCAGUUGAGAUCGCCAGAAGUGGGAUACUACCCACACUGGCUCAGGCCUUACGAGGUAAAAGCAGCCUGAGUUGCCAGGUGGCUCUGGUGGUGGCAGAGAUGGCUCGAGACGCUGCAGUCAGGGAGCCUUGCAUUGAGGCAGGCCUGGUGAAGGUUCUGGUUCCCUAUCUGAACAGCAAUAACCAGGAGAUGCUGCUGAAUACUGGCAGGGCCAUUGGACGCAUCUGCUUUGAUAACUCAUACCAACAGGACCAGUUAGUCCAGAGCGGUGUGAUCCCCAGACUGGUGUGCAUAAUAAGGGAAUAUCCAGAGAAUGACCCCCUAAUCAACGUCUGCCUGCUGGCCCUGUGUAACCUGGCUGACAUGGACUCAGCGCGAGAUGCCCUGGCAGAGCAGGACAUAGCAGAUAUACUGACGUUUCAGCUGAAACGGGCCCCUGAUGCAGAACGCCGACAUGUCAUCCUGGAAAUACUGGGCUCAUUGAGCGAGAGCGAUACACUGAAGCUGCAGUUUGCAGAGUCAGGAGUACCAGAGGCUUUGUCAGAGAUGAUUCGCUCUCUGCAGGGAGGUUCUGACCCCCAUGAUCUCUGCAGCAUCAAAAUUGCCUCCAACCUCAUAGUGUCCCUGCUUUUAGGAGAUGAGUCUAUGCAGAAGUGCUUUGGUGAGGGAUCAGGUCUUGUGUAUCAGGAUGUUCUGUCCUGGCUGCAGAGCUCCAACACCCAGCUGCAGCUGUCUGGAGCCCUGGCCAUCGCCAACUUUGCCAGGAAUGACAGUAACUGCGUGAAGAUGCUGGAGCUCGGUGUGGUUCCUCACAUCCUGACCUUGCUGGAACAGCAUGUAGACGAAGGAGAUGUUUCUGUUCAACAUGCUGGACUUAGUGCGCUCAGAAACCUGGCAAUUCCAGCCACAAACAAAGUGCGGAUGCUGGAGGACGGGGUGACUGAGAGGAUAAAGACCCUGCUGCGCUCUGACAUGCCUCCUGUUCAGUUCAAACUGCUGGGUACACUACGCAUGAUGGUGGAUGGACAAGAGGAGGCAGCCUUGGUGCUGGGAAGAGAUGCAGAGCUGCUGGCUCGUGUCAUGGAGUGGUGCGAAGCCAAAGACCAUGCAGGAGUCAGAGGAGAAGCCAGUCGCCUAUUGGCUGCCUUCAUCAGACACAGCCACAGCCCUGAAGUUGUCAGUGCUGUAGCUAAAGCAGCUGGGGUUCGGCAUCUUAUCUCAAUGGCAACAAGUGAGCAUGUCAUCAUGCAGAACGAGGCCCUGGUUGCCCUGGCGAUAGCAUCUGCCAUCGACAUUGAGUCAAUGGCGGAUUCGUUCAGAGAAGCAGAGCUGUUGCCAAUGCUGAAGAAGAUGUUGGAGGAUCCUGUAGGGGCAGUCGAAGUCAAGUUCAGUGCUUUAGGUCUCAUCUGCAGCCUGGCUAACUCCAGUGUGAUGAAGGAGGAGUUGAACUCUAUGAACAUAAAGGAAAGCCUGAGUAAACUGACAGACCAUGGCAGCAGUAAACUUGCCUCGCAGGCCAGCUCCAUACUGGCCAUUCUCGGUGACACCAGCUAAACCAGCAUGUUGCAGCAAAUCAUCUCAUCCGCUGUACGGAUUUAUCCAGCACAUCCAAUGACAUAUUUUAAUUCAAAUGAUGUUAGAGCACAGAUACUGCUAUAAUACUGAACUGGCUUCUAAAAAUAUCCCCUUUUUUGUGGCAACGAUUACUUAUUAAAUACAAGUAAGAGUAACACUAUGUCCCCAAUAGGAGCCCCCAGUGGAUGGCUCACAGAAGAAAUAAACAACACAACUGCAGAUUUUCAGCUGCUAAAGCCUUACCAAAAGCCAGUCUGUUUGUUGGCUGACAGGAAAAAGCUAUGAGGUCAUUGAAGUCUUCAGUCAGAUGCAUGAAUGUCUUCAACAUUGUCUACUAGAUCUGCUAGAUCUACUAGAUAUGUGAUGAUCCUUUGAUCCAAUGUGCAAAUUUUGGACUCAGGGUAGAGAUAGAGGAAAGUACGCACAGUAUAUAAAAUGGGGAGGGUUUGUGCCUGAGAAACAUGAAUGUACUCAGUAAAUUCCAUGCUAACCUUCUCAUUAGUAUUAGCAUAAUAUAUGACAUACAGUAAAUUUUGCAUUGGUGGUAGCAAUAAAGCAAAGGUCUGGGAUUCUGCAAAAACAGGGAUUCAUCUGGGGACUGUGAGUAUCCACAGAAAAUGUAAGCAUUUCAACAGACCUUCUUAAGGAAUGAAAAGUUGACCAGAUGAAAAUUAGUAACAUGUGACAAUGGCACUAAAAGGAGAGGUCAAGGAGAAAACCAAAUUAUCACUUCUCUGGAGACUAGAAGUAUCUGCACUCAAUCUGACCAUCAUCUGGCCAGUAAUUGUAUCUUACUUUAAAGUGGUGGGUGGAUGGUGAGAUGGAGAGGGUGACAAAAGACAAAAGAUUUCUUGGUCUUUCUGUGUCCGAAAAGACAGAUUUGAGUGUUUUUUUUGUUUGCAUUCAGAUUUGUUAAUACUGUAACUCCUAAGGGCAUAGUGAAAAUGGUCCAAAUGUUUGAAUGGUACAUGCACAGGCCGAAUUCUUCAGUCCUGGUCCUUGAAGGUGGAAGAUAGUGAAAAGUGGAUGGUUUAAUUAAGCACAUCAUGGUCCUGUAAUAAUGCAAUUCUCAAAAUUAUUGCAAAAUUUCGCAAAAUAUUUGGCAGAUUUUUGUGUGUGUGUGUGUGUGUGUUUCAAACGCCAUGUACAUACGGUUUAAAAAAAUAAAAUAUAAACAAAAGUGAUCUGACACGGAAUGACCCUUAUCCUUAAUGCACGCUCAUAUUAACAAUUUAGCAUACAGUAUUAUCUGUAUCUAUAUGAAUACUUGGGCUGGACAGGGCUUUCAUCAGAGGUAGC